AUGACAGAAGAAGUCCCAGCGGCACCCAGCAUGCCCGAGUGCAACGGGAGCGUGCCCCCGGAGAAGGGCCCGCUCCAGCUCAUCGGCAUCGUCGAUGAAAUAGCAAAGUCUGUCGGGACAGGUCCUUACGCGAACGCAGAAACGAGCCCUGAUGCUCCGCUCGCCAAAGAAAACCUGGAGGAAACCAGAAAUUCGUUGGCAGAGGACGUGAUGCGUGGGGAUUUUGAUGGAGAGAAGCAAUGCGAAGGAAAGCGAGAGGAGAACGCCGGGACGCUACAGCAGGGAGCAGCUGAGAUCCAGGACGCGGGAGCCGACGGCCACGAAUCGGAGGAAGCCCCGGCCAGCCCCGGCUGCAACUCCCAGGCGGAGAAGCUGGGGGAGCAGCCCAGCCUGGGGAAGAAAAAUGACAUCUCCAGACACAGCUACUCCAGGUACAACACAAUCUCCUACCGGAGGAUCAGAAAAGGAAACACCAAACAGCGAAUCGAUGAGUUUGAAUCCAUGAUGCAUUUAUAA